AUGGACCCAUAUGUUUCAUCACCAGUAGCACAUCAGACUCCAGCCACCGGUAGGGUUUAUACCAUCGUACCACAUGAUCAUGGUGCCAGUGGAGCAAUAGUGGAAGGUAUCUUUCUUGUGAAUUCUGUUCCAGCUCGAAUCCUGUUUGAUUCAGGAGCCUCACAUUCUAUUAUAUCUUACACUUUCAUGAAUAGACUUCAAUUAGUUGCACAUCCCUUAGAUGAGCCAUUAUCAGUUUCUACUCCUCUUGGGGAGGUGUCCCUAUUAGAGAGUGUUUGCAGGAGAUGUGUUAUCAGUUUAGAUGAGUCUGAAUUUAUUAUAGACUUGUUCGUUUUGCGGAUGUUGGAUUUUGACAUCAUUCUUGGUAUGGACAGGCUUUCGUCAUACCAUGUUAGUAUCGACUGUUUUGCUAAAACAGUCAGCUUGUGGGCAUCAGAUGGGUCGGAAUUGAUCAUAGUGACCUCCCAGGGCAACCGAUUUGUGGAGUCUUUUCUGGCAUAUAUCGAGGAGGUGUUGUUACGGGAUAGAGGUACCGGUUUGAGCGAGACAUGA